CUGAACACAUUGUUUCAUGGUAACAUCCGUUGGCCAAGAAUGGACACAGCAUCUUGGACCUCCGAUCGGAUCCCAUCUCUCCGCCUGUUUCAGGCCACGAAGAACGAUGGGGCCAAUGGACACGAGUCGCCCUUCCCGUUUCGGACGUUGGCUCAAACAGCCGCGCUUUGGACGACCCCGCUCGUUGUUGCAUCAGUUUCGCUGGGUCGGUCUAACCGGUCCGUUUGUUCCCAUGGGCAGUGUUCUCGGAUGUCACUGCAGCGAUGAGGCUGAUCAGACCACUGAAGCCACGGCCGAAAACGACGUGGUGCCCAUCAGCACGGUGCCAGCGCCCAACCCGGGCAAGGAGACGGCUCCGGCCAAGACCCCCUCCAAGGAGACCAGUGGCAAGAAUCGCAUGCAAGAUGCACAGAAGAAGCUCCAGACCUGUGCCCGGGCUCUACGAAAUCGCAUGGCGAAAGAGCAGUCUGAUGUUUGGAAGAAGGCAGAGGCGGAGUUCAAUGUGCAGAAGAUGAUUUGGCAAAGCUUGAGUUUGCAACGUGGUGAGAAGCAUCAGGGCACCGCUGCGAUGAUACAAUCCAAGUUGGAGUUUGCUGUGCAGAGCCACACAAGCAACUUGCCGGCCGCCGUGGAAGCCUUGGACGUGUGCUUGGAGAAGAACCAAGGUCAUGAUCUGUUGGGUGCAGCUAUGGUGGAAUCCAUUGAGGCCAUUAAGACGGCGGCGGUGCAUGCGGACGCGCGCGCGGAGCUCGCCAACCUGCUGGAAAAGGCGGCAGAAGAACUUGCUGUCGGCCAGUGCUCCAAGAAGGGUGCUGACACGCUGAUGCAGCUGCUGGGAGACUCUGGCAUUCAGGAGCCCAAACUCGAAGCUGCGAUCAAGUCAGCUUGGACCUUCGCCUACGGCGAAUAGACACCGGCGGCGCCUACCGCGAUCGAAUCUGAAACGCUUCGGCUUGCUUUUUUCAAUUAAGCUGGUGGCCCCGGAGACUGGAAUGGU